AUGUUUCGCUGGUUAGUGAUUAUAGCAACAACAUUACUGGCACUCGCCACUUUAAACACUAUUUCAACAAUAUCAUAUGUGAAUGCUGAAAUUACCAGUUCGCCAGCUUCAUCGUCAUCAUCGCUGUCCAUUGGACAAGAACAAGAUGAAUUGCAUGAAAUGUUAAACACCGAAAAGGUACUCAUUGAUACCCUUAGGCAUUAUAUUGAAACACAAGAACACAGAUUGAACUUUUUAAAAAGUAAAACCAAUGAAAUACGCAACAUUCAUGAUGGCGUCACCGACCGAGAGAAAUAUUUAUACAAUCCCAUCAAUGCUUUGACGAUAUUGAAAAGAUUUACCGCCGAUUGGAAAAGUUUGAAAUCGUAUGCUGAAGAUUAUUUGAAAACGGAGGAUUUAACCAAAAAUUACACUCAACAAAUAGAGUCACUAACAUUUCCCACAGACGAAGAUUAUGAUGCAGCACUUAUUAAUUUAUUGCGCAUACAAGACAUGUAUCAACUGGAACCGCAACGAUUGGCUGUUGGCGAAGUAAAUGGCGUUAAAUUGGGUUCUGAAAUGACUUGGAGCGAUUGUUUGGAAAUUGGCUUAAAGUCAAGUAAAAAUGGUUAUCAAACUUAUGCAAAAUAUUGGAUGGAAACAGCAUUGGAAAAAUUGCCAAGCAACAACAAUACCAAUGAAGCCACCAUACAAGGACACAAAAAACCAUUGCAGGAUGACUACACAGUUAAGGCGAAAUUGGAAAUUAUGACAGCAUUAUUAAAUACUGAAUAUAAAUUAGGUAAUAUACAAGAAGCUUUAAAAAUUGCCAACGAAAUGCUUGAACUUCAACCCAAACUAAAAAAUGUCAAGAAGGCGAAAAAGCAAAUGGAAAUGGAAUUAAAAAAAUCGAAAGGCAGUAAGAAAAAUAACCAGAGCAACAAAGUUGAACAGAAGACUGAUGAUAAGCAAAAAAAGAAAACAACAAAAACAGUUGAAGAGCUAAUGAUUGAGGAGAUUUGUCGAGAAGCCAGCAGUCUACAAAACAACAAACAAAUACAUACAGCCUCCAGCAGCGCCUCUUCAUGGAAUCCAACUUUUCCACUCACACCAUCUGCAUGUGCUGUUGUAACAAAUAAUUUGCCACUCCUAUUGAUGCAGCCUUUAAAUGUCGAACUGUUGAGUUUAGAUCCAUACAUUGUCAUUUAUCACAAUGUUCUAAGUGACAGGCAAAUAGAAGAAUUAAAAGAUUUUGUUGUCGAAGGACAAGACGACACGUUUCAGUUUACGAAAAUUGGUCAGAAAAAAAUGCGUCAAAUGAAUGGUAAAUUACAUUAUAUCCUUGGACAUUAUGGACAGGAUUUGUAUGAUGACUGGCAAGUGGAACGUUAUAAUUUUGAAAAUCUAAUGGAAUUAGAAAAGUCAAGUGUGAAUUAUGAAAAUGCUAAGCAAUCGCAAUUAUUGUUUAAUUUACAACAACCUUUAAUGGGUGGUGCUGUGAUAUUUCCUCAACUGGAAUUAAGCAUCAAUUUGCCUCGGGGUUCCCUGCUUUACUUUUCUAAGCUCAAUGAGUUCCAUGCUCAUGAUUAUAGAUCAAAUUAUCAUGUUUGCCCCGUUAUUGGCGGCAGUCAAAUAACUGCCACCACCACCAUUAAAAAUAUUUAA